UUGUUUCCUCCCACCUCACAGCGCACCGCGGCACGCUUCUUCAUUCAGUAGAACUGUCAAAGUUGCAUGUUGUGGAUGUGUAUAGUCCGUCCGAAUAACAUUAAACUUUUCGUAAAAAUAAACUAAAAUGAAACUUCUGAACCAAGCUGGUUUUAUAACAAAAACACUGUCUGACUAUUCGUCGCAAACCUAAAACUAGUGCCAUUCUAUCGGUUUCUAUCACUAGAGUGCGUGCCCCACAUUUUAAAACGACGAAAGUUGUUACUUAGAAAGAAAAGUGUGAUGUUCAUUUUAAUUUGUUGUGAAAAAUGCGUGUCGUGAUUAGUUUGUUGUUAAUAAACUUUUUCUUGUGUGUGUGCGGGGAUGAUAAUGAGAUUUCAAAUGAGAUAGAAACGAAAAAUCAUUCGUUAGAGUUGACCCAGUCCUUGAACUUAGCAAGACAGGAGUUAAUACAAGAUACAUGUUCGCGUUUCCCUCCACGAUGGAGCCUAGAUGACUUGCCACCGAGCCGUUUGGAACACAUUUUAGUCGACGAACAUCGAAAACUUCUCUAUUGCUACGUCCCAAAGGUAGCCUGUACAAAUUGGAAGAGAGUACUCAUGAUACUGGCCGGCAAAUGGAACAAUACGAAUGUCCUGUCUAUACCGGGCAGCCUAGCCCACUCUCCGGGCAUGUUCAGAAACCUCAGCUCCGUGUCAAAACAGGACAGAGAUUACAUGCUAGAGAGUUAUCACAAGAUGAUUAUAGUCCGGAAUCCCUUUGAGAGGUUGCUGUCGGCUUAUAGGAAUAAGUUGGAAGGAGAUACGCCUAGUGCUAAGUAUUUUCAGGACCGCGUCGGCCGUCGCAUCAUCAGAACCUACCGCCAGAAUCCAAGCAACGAGUCCUUAGAACUCGGGAAUGACGUCACGUUUAAGGAGUUUGCUCUGUUCCUGACCAACCGGUCAGAGGAGCUCGCAGAUGUAGUCAACAAUGAGCACUGGCAACCCAUUACAAGCCUGUGCCAUCCGUGUCUCAUCAAAUAUACUUUAGUUGGUAAAUACGAGACGUUGUUAGACGACUCGCUCCUCGCACUCCACACCAUCAACGCAGCCAAAGUGGAGUUCCCUCGCCUCGCUCGCACCUCGGGCACGGCCGAAAAACUACGCAAGUACUUCUCACAGCUAGACUUGCCACUCAUUAGGAAGCUGUACAAGUUGUACAAGUACGACUAUAAAAUAUUCGACUAUGAUUUGGACAGUAUAGUCGGGUUUGAUUUAGGAUAGCGAUAAUAAAUUACUUUGUGUUUUAUGGCUUAAGUGAAAUUUGCAAAAUAUUUGUUUAUGUACAGUCAGCGUCAAAUACUUUGCAGCAGUCAAAGUGGCCAAAUAGUUCGGUACACUAUACUAAAUAUAUGGUGUACCGAACUAUUUGGCUACUUUGGUUGCUACAAAGUAUUUGACGCUGACUGUACAGUAAGCGCCUCAACUUAAAGAGUGUUAUGAACUCUCCGCCGAAAAGCGGCUCCCAUACAAUCGAAGUUAUGUUCUUAUUUAAAAACAAAGUGAAAUAAUGAGACUUUGUUAAACGACUCGCUCCUCGCCCUCCACACCAUCAAUGCAGCACACGUGGAGUUCCCUCGCCUCGCGCGCACCUCGGCCACGGCCGAUAAACUACGCAAGUACUUCUCACAGCCAGACUUGCCACUCAUUAGGAAUAGGAAGUUGUACAAGUACGACUA